AUGGUAUACUACGCAAAGAAGAAGCGGAGAGCGCAGCAGUACCUAGGGGACGAUGGUUCACACAAGAAGGAACGGAAACUAUACAACGACGGCUACGAUGACGACAACCACGACUACAUCAUCAAACACGGAGAAAAGUUUCUCGACCGAUAUGAGAUCUCCUCACCGAUCGGCAAAGGCUCUUUUGGACAGGUUGUGAAAGCGUACGACCACGAGGAGCAAUGUCAAGUAGCGAUAAAAAUAAUUAAGAAUAAGAAACCCUUCCUAAACCAGGCACAAAUAGAAGUCAAGUUACUAGAAAUGAUGAACAGAGCGGAUGCAGAAAAUAAGUAUUAUAUAGUAAAACUGAAGCGUCACUUUAUGUGGCGGAACCACCUGUGCCUAGUGUUCGAGUUAUUGUCGUACAAUCUGUACGAUUUGCUGCGUAACACGAACUUCCGCGGUGUGUCAUUAAACCUUACACGCAAGUUCGCCCAGCAGCUGUGCACCGCGUUACUGUUCCUUAGUCAACCUGAACUAAAUAUAAUUCACUGUGAUCUUAAGCCUGAGAAUAUACUACUAUGCAAUCCGAAGAGGUCAGCCAUAAAGAUUGUGGACUUUGGCAGUUCGUGUCAACUAGGUCAAAGGAUAUACCAAUACAUACAAUCAAGGUUCUACAGAUCGCCGGAAGUUUUGCUAGGCAUUCCCUACGACCUGGCAAUAGAUAUGUGGUCGUUAGGAUGUAUACUGGUGGAGAUGCACACAGGGGAGCCCCUGUUCAGCGGCGCUAAUGAGUUAGAUCAAAUGAACAAGAUUGUCGAGGUUUUGGGAAUGCCUCCGGAUCAUUUGUUAGACCAGGCACACAAAACUCGGAAGUUCUUUGACAAAUUACCAGCGUCCGAAGGCGGUGGUUAUGUUCUAAAGAAAGUCGCCGGGAAAGAUGGCGGUUACAGGAAAUACCGUCCGGCGGGCACGCGGCGCCUGCACGACAUACUCGGCGUGGAGGGCGGCGGGCCCGCGGCGCGGCGGCGCGGCGAGCCGGGACACUCGGUCUCUGAUUAUCUUAAGUUUAAGGACCUAAUCCUGCGCAUGCUCGAGUACGAGCCGAAGCAGCGCGUGACGCCGUACUACGCGCUGCAGCACAACUUCUUCAAGCGCACCGCCGACGAGGCGACCAACACGCAGCAGGCGCAGCAGGCGCACCACCAGCACGUGGGCGGUGCACGGCUGUGGGGCGGUACUGAGCGUAUGGAAGUGGAGGGGGUCCGUCGCGACGACGACAUGCUGCCCGUCUGCCAACUACAGCACAGUCCCGUCGCCAUACAC